AUGGCGGAGGUUCACGUGAUUCCCAGCAAGCGGCGAGCGACCCACAGCGAAGCUGUAGACACUGCGACGGCAUCUGAUGCAAACGGUGCCAAGAAGCGCAGAGCAUUUCUCCAGACCAUGGGCCAGCAGUUGAGAGAGUUUGGGGCAGAAGGAACAAGUCCACAAGACGACGAUCGCAGCACGUUUAGGACUAGCCCAGCCAACAACGUUGGACCACCAUCUAUCAUUGAAAAUGCCGUCGGAGUUCACUCAUCAGUCCGACCUGUUGACACACCAGAGAGUGAUGCUGCGCCGGGCGAAGAAGAUCAGCUACCCGCGGGCGCGUCCAAGAGUGCAUCCAGGUGGCUGUGGAAACACGGCGAAGUAAUUACUCCAACACCAGAAACUAUUGCACCGUCAAUCGUCUUUGAAGAUCUUCUCGAAUGGAGCCAAGCGUAUUUCGAUCACUGGCAUCCCGCAUUUCCCUUCUUGCACGCUCCUUCACUAUUGGACUACUUUCGCCAAACUAUACAACGGGGUCCACGUGUUGCAACGCUGUCAACAGCAAAUGAGCUGCAGCACAUUAUACUUCGCUCAAUCAUGUCGAUAUCGAUAUGUGAUCGGCGACAAAUUGACAGCGCGAGAAAGGCCAUACCGAGCAAUCUUGUAUUUCAUUCAAUCAACGAUGCUAUCCGGAGUACGCAGUUGAUUCUGACCGAAGAGACUUCGGUCCUGUCACUGCAAGCGUUGGUCAGCAUCCAGCUUUUCUUGAUCACAAUGCAUAGAUACAAUGCUGCGUCUCGCCUCGAAGGACUGGCAGUCCGGAUGGCAUUCCAAUUGGAUCGACAUAUUUGUAUCCGACUAGGGACUCCACUUGGCAUACGUUCGGAUGAGGCUAAUGUAUGUUAUCCACAUACCGAACGACACCAUGAUCGCGAGCAUAGAGACGGUAAUGAACGGGAUGACCGGUUAGAUCUGUUGGAUUUCUUAGCUCAGCAUGCUGACAUUCGUGGAUCCAUCAUGCAAACGAGGCACCGAACUUUCCUACACGGGAGCGCAAACGAGACGGAAGAAGCCCUAGAAAGGGAGGCAGAGCACACCAGAUGGUGGAAUAUGGUUGACGAAUAUCUCUCCAACGACGAGCAAGUGCAGAACAUAUCAAAGGCCCACCAAGUUACUCUAAUUGUUCUUCGCUUCGAAUCUAUUCUAGCACUACACCGCUCCGUGCUGGCGAUUUCUAAAAAGGAUGCAGCUUACAACGUGGCAUUACAAAGAUGCAUAUCCGCCUCGCGCUCUAUCAUCAAUACUCUGCACAAGGCUCUCCGCGGAUUCGGUGCAUUCGAUGGUUCUCCUGGUCAACAUGGCUACGAACGAACCCCAUUGCUUUGGCCUUCCUUCACAUGGGCGGUGUGGAUGAGCACAUUUGUAAUUCUUUCCGCUGCCUCAGAAGGCCAGGUCACUCGAGACAUUGCAACACGACUUUCUGAUCGAAGCAUACAAAUUCUCAAGCACCUGGCAUUGAGGGGCACAAAAUGGCCAGAUGCUUGUAUAGUUGCAAUUCAAAAUCUCACAGCACGAUUGAGCAAGCCGUCAACUCGGAGCUCUACUGUCGUACCUGGAGCUGCCCCGGUGAAUGACAGCCGGCCAACUGGCGAAACUUCUUCACUGCUUGGCAAUCGCCAAACAGCCCAUCAGGGGAAUGCAGUAUUCUCAGAGCGACAGGACAUACCAACACAUCCAACGCAAAGCCACCCGGCGACGGGUAUGACAACAAACUCUCAGCCGGCUCCAAGAAACGCCACUCAUUCUCAUGCGGAAUCGAAUCCAACAAUGAUGAUGAGCAACCUAGGCUCAUUCAACUUCCCGAGUCAUGAUAUUGGGGAUGCUCUAGCUGCAAACAACCCGACAUAUGACUACCUUGCCGACCCAGGUAACUUUCUUGGUAUCGCACACCAGGACUCAGAUAACCCAUUGCCAAACGAACAAAUCAUGCACCUAUUCAAUGGAGAAGACAUGAACUAUUGGUGGGACAGAGAUUUCGGUCCGCCAGGAAAUAUGGGAUAUCACAAUGGCGGUUUUCGGUGA